UUUCCUUAGAUGAGAGGAUAUUCAAAUAAAUUGCAAGAUUUCUUUGUCGCAAAUUGAAUAAUUAAAGCGUUGAGUAUUAAAUUAAAUUUAAAAAUGGACGAUAUUGAUCUUCCAUUAGUUAUUUGUAUUAUUUUGACAUUUGGAUUAGCAGUAGGACUAUUUAUGUUCUAUAAUACAUUUGAACAAAAUAACGAAAUAACACAAAUUGAAAAAGCAUUAAGUGAUUCGGAAGAAAAAAAAAUUACAAGUUUUGAAUUUAAAAUAUAUAAAAUGUUUGAACGAAACCGCAGAACGUAUCUUGAAGAAGACUUGUCAAAGUGGGAUAGUAAUUCUGCAGACUUUAUGUUGCUAUGUUCCUAUGCAACGCGCUUUCUUAUAUUAUAUAACACCGAUCGUGCUCAAGAAGUUUAUUUGACUAUCGCUGCGGAUGUAAUACACAAAUUAAAUGACAACAUUUUCCAACCAAAAAACUACAAAAUUAUCCAAACAAACGCAGGUCUUACCGACUUCAAAGUGUUUAUUGAAUUAACAAGACUACUCAAUACCUUUCAGUAUUUAGCUGAUGAUACUUUUGUGAACAUUAAAGAUAUAUGUCGAGAACAAAUACUUUAUUUGAUUCCAAAAUAUAAUAAAUUAUAUAAUGAUGAAUUAACUGAAGAUGAAAAAACAAUAUACACAAUUAUACCGAGAUUACUUACGACUUAUUUAAUUUCUGAUAAAAAAUUAUGGAACAAGGAUGUAGGGAUAAACAAAGUUUUUACAAAAUUGAAGGAAAAAUUUAAUAUUCUUCAAACAUCCCAAGCUGAGCUCAAAACUUUUAUUUUAUAUGAAUAUCAUAAUGCUCUUUAUAAAAUUUUAAAAUCAUUGUUUAAGAAAGUUGAUAUUAAAUCUGAAACUUCUUGAAUUUUCAAUUUAUCAUUUUGAUUUCAAAAAUUUUUUUU